AUGGAGAAAGAAAGUGGUACUGUAAUUUCAGCUACAAGAUCUUCAAUGCAGAUGAUGAGACCUGUUACUGCUACUGCUGCAACUGAUGAUCAGGAGUUAGAAGGUAACAAAACUACCUUCCUACGGACUGCUGAGACUUUUCUGCGUCUGCUUCCUAUUGGUCUUUGUGUUUCAGCUCUUGUCCUUAUGCUUAAGAACUCUGAAGAAAACGAUUAUGGUUCUGUUUCUUACACUGACCUUGGUGCUUUCAGGUAUUUGGUGAAUGCAAAUGGCAUUUGUGCAGGUUACUCCCUACUUUCAGCUGUCCUUAUUGCUGUCCCUCGACCCACUGCUCUCCGGGCUUGGACUUUCUUUUUCCUUGACCAGGUACUAACAUACAUAAUUUUGAGCGUGGGAGCUUCGACGAUGGAGGUGGUGUACCUAGCUGAGAAUGGAGACAGUACAAUAUUAUGGAGCUCAACUUGUGGCUCUUUUGGUCAAUUUUGUCAUAAGAUUACAGCUUCAGUAGCUCUCACAUUUGUAGCACUUGUUUGCUAUGUGCUUCUUUCCCUCAUUUCCUCCUAUAAGCUGUUCAGUAAAUUUGAUGUCCUAGCUACAAGUAGUCCUGCUGCUACUGACACUGACCAGUGACCACAUUGCUCCUGCAUUUCAUGGCUAGCUUACCCUAAUGUUUGUUGUGUUAUAUGAUAAUAAUAUUUGGUAAUUAUUUUUCUAUGUUUUAUGACUCAAUAGACAUGGCUAAGAAUAUUAAAAAUAUGUAUAAUUAGACCUUUGUUUAUUUUAGAUAUAUGGUUAUGGAUGGCUUUAACUUGUA